AUGUAAUCAGGGCAACUGUUGAAUCUUUAGAGAUUAGAACGCUUUUAUUUGCAGACACUAUCCUAAAAUGGAUGGGAAUCUCCUCUAGUCGUGAACGCAGCUGUAGAUUUUGCAAAUACAUUGAUUAAAGAUGGAAGGCUACUUUUGAAAUAGGGAAAUUAUACCUAGGCAGAAAUGUAUUUUAAUAGAGCAAAAGAGGUAUUAGGAUGAUGACUAAGUAGAUUACAACGCCAAUCUCAAUAACAAGCGGGAUAUUUUACACGAAUACUUUUGUGAAGUCAAGAAGUCAUGCAAUACUCUAGUUAUCGUAGUUGUAUGAACAUCAAGGAUAAUUUUAAAAGGCUUGGAUGAAUCUAAGAGAAGUAUUGCCUUUUAUGGAAAAAUUCUCAUAUACAAAAAGAGUGAAUAUUUGUGAAGAUGAUAAGUAAGUGCUAAAGGUGUAUGCAUAAUUACUAUUUCAUGGUAGUGAUGUUUGUAGAAUGAUGCAUCACAAAGAUGAUAUGUUAGAUUAAUGUAAUAAAUUAGUUGACAUUUUGUAAAGAUUGGGAAUCACAUUUGACUCUUUGCGCACAUUGACAAAAGAGGAGUUUCACCAGGAAUAUAAAGAAUUCUUUAUGAUGUUAGCAAGAGCAUUCUAUUAGAUAGGAAAAUCCCAAUUUAAAGUCGGAUUUGAAAGGGAAUCCCUGAAAAAUCUAUAUAAAGCAUGGUAAAUAUAGGAAUUGAUAUACGGGCCUGAUGCAUCAGCAACUAUGAAAGCUAGAGACAAAUACUAGAAGUUAAGUUAAAAGAUGGAAUUCGAAAUGAUUAUGGGACAAGAGAAAGUGGAUUUUCAGUAAUUCAAAGUUGCGCUCUAAAAGGAGGUUGGAUAAGAGUUGUUGCGUAAAGUAGUAACACUAAAACCAAACAAAAAUUUUGAUGUAAUUAUCUAUUCAACAUGGGUAGCACCAUAUGUAGACACAUGUGAAUUCCUAUCAAUAAAUAGUGAGACAAUUGUCAUCACAUUCAACCAAAUAUCAAAUGCCUGAGUAUGUGAAGAAAGUCAGACAGGAAUACUAAGAGAAAUUGAAGACUUUUUCUAACUAAAUUUAGAUCGAAGAAUAUUAAGAACAACAAGAAAAGGCGUUUUAAUUAGCAAACAAGAAACCAUCCUCUAGAGCAACAUCUACUUAACUUAAUCAAUCCUUGCUUCCUUAAGAUAAGCUAUUUUCUCCUCGAAUGUCAUUAGCAACACAUUCUCAUAGAACAAGUUAAAUAAUGGGAUCUUAGAUGGACAAAUUUAAGUAAAAUUGAUAUAUUAUUUGUAGAGUUUAAUUAUAAGAGGCUCAACUUAAAGCAGAACCUAUAGAUGAGUUGAUGCUUAUGAGACCUCAAUUUAAAUCUGAACAUACACAAUAAAAAAAGAAGUCUGAUAGACAAGGAGAUAAAACUGAACAAAUUAUCGUAAAGAAAACGAAAAUCAAAUCAACAAGAUUUGUAUCAAGAAAGCUGAACAAACAAACUACAUAAAUAGUAUCUAGUAAAUCUGAUACAUAAUAAAAUGAAUUCAUGAUAUCAAAGGUAAGGACAACUUAAGAUUUCAAUAAAUAACAGUAAUUGGAUGAAAUGAGAGUGCCCACCACUGAAUCAAUAUUGGCAUAGCAACAAUAAAUAUCUCAACAAUAAGUUCUGGUUCCUCUACUAUUGAAUAUAUAAAAUGAAAUCAUAGAAUCUGGUGAGAAUCUGUACAAAGAUUAAUUGAAUAAAUACACAAUUAAUUAGUUGAAUUAGGCUGCAAAAGUCAUUUAAAUAUAUUUUAGAAGAUACAAAUGCAAUAUCAAGUAAAUUACGACUACUAAAACAAUUGAAUUGACAUCUAUUACUACAUUAAAACCAUAGAGUCAAACAAAUUGUACUGAGAAAUUUGAUAGUGUCUAAGUCAUUAGAUCCAGUAUGAAAGUAUCAGUGAAAGAACUCUAGAAUUCAAUAAAGAGGGGAGGUAGGUUUGACUAGAUUGUUAAAGAGCUGAAAAACAAUGAAGACGAACAAAUCAGUACAAAAAAGGCUAAAANUAUGAAAGCUAGAGACAAAUACUAGAAGUUAAGUUAAAAGAUGGAAUUCGAAAUGAUUAUGGGACAAGAGAAAGUGGAUUUUCAGUAAUUCAAAGUUGCGCUCUAAAAGGAGGUUGGAUAAGAGUUGUUGCGUAAAGUAGUAACACUAAAACCAAACAAAAAUUUUGAUGUAAUUAUCUAUUCAACAUGGGUAGCACCAUAUGUAGACACAUGUGAAUUCCUAUCAAUAAAUAGUGAGACAAUUGUCAUCACAUUCAACCAAAUAUCAAAUGCCUGAGUAUGUGAAGAAAGUCAGACAGGAAUACUAAGAGAAAUUGAAGACUUUUUCUAACUAAAUUUAGAUCGAAGAAUAUUAAGAACAACAAGAAAAGGCGUUUUAAUUAGCAAACAAGAAACCAUCCUCUAGAGCAACAUCUACUUAACUUAAUCAAUCCUUGCUUCCUUAAGAUAAGCUAUUUUCUCCUCGAAUGUCAUUAGCAACACAUUCUCAUAGAACAAGUUAAAUAAUGGGAUCUUAGAUGGACAAAUUUAAGUAAAAUUGAUAUAUUAUUUGUAGAGUUUAAUUAUAAGAGGCUCAACUUAAAGCAGAACCUAUAGAUGAGUUGAUGCUUAUGAGACCUCAAUUUAAAUCUGAACAUACACAAUAAAAAAAGAAGUCUGAUAGACAAGGAGAUAAAACUGAACAAAUUAUCGUAAAGAAAACGAAAAUCAAAUCAACAAGAUUUGUAUCAAGAAAGCUGAACAAACAAACUACAUAAAUAGUAUCUAGUAAAUCUGAUACAUAAUAAAAUGAAUUCAUGAUAUCAAAGGUAAGGACAACUUAAGAUUUCAAUAAAUAACAGUAAUUGGAUGAAAUGAGAGUGCCCACCACUGAAUCAAUAUUGGCAUAGCAACAAUAAAUAUCUCAACAAUAAGUUCUGGUUCCUCUACUAUUGAAUAUAUAAAAUGAAAUCAUAGAAUCUGGUGAGAAUCUGUACAAAGAUUAAUUGAAUAAAUACACAAUUAAUUAGUUGAAUUAGGCUGCAAAAGUCAUUUAAAUAUAUUUUAGAAGAUACAAAUGCAAUAUCAAGUAAAUUACGACUACUAAAACAAUUGAAUUGACAUCUAUUACUACAUUAAAACCAUAGAGUCAAACAAAUUGUACUGAGAAAUUUGAUAGUGUCUAAGUCAUUAGAUCCAGUAUGAAAGUAUCAGUGAAAGAACUCUAGAAUUCAAUAAAGAGGGGAGGUAGGUUUGACUAGAUUGUUAAAGAGCUGAAAAACAAUGAAGACGAACAAAUCAGUACAAAAAAGGCUAAAACAGUAAAAUAUUCUAAUAAAUAUUAGUUAACCUAAAUCAUUGUAGACUUUUAUAAUCUCCCACAAUAAGAAUUAUAGUUCUUGUGCAGGUUGUUCUUUGAUAAUGAGAUUAAGAUAUGGAAAUUAUCUAACAUUUCUAUAUUUGCAUUUAGUGAUCAUGGAUGUCCAAACAACUAGAAAUUUUAUGAUUAAUAGACAUAAUCAUUUUUUAACAUUCCUUAACUAUUAAGUAAUUUGAUUUAUGUAAUUUUAGAAUAAUAACUAUAACAAAUCAAGAAUAUUUUCAGUGAUUAACACUCAAUUAUUGCUUUAUAAUUGAUUGUUUACUUCUAAUUGUAAAAUGAUUCAUAAUAAUACAAUUUGAACUUCAAAAUCAAUAAUUUUAUUAGUUAUCUUGAUGAAUAUUAGAGAUGGUUCACAUAAGAUCGUUUAGAAAAUUUCAAUGGUCUCCUAAGCAUAUACUGUAAAUAAUAGAAUCUCUAUGAACCAAAUGCUUGCAAAACAAUGGUAUUCUAGAAAAAUGAUUUUGCCACCAAGAUUGUGGCUAAGUUGAUGUACGCCCUUAGAAAUCAUUAUUAUUUAAUUAAAUCAUUUUUUGGCUAUCAAUUAGUUUCUAUGAAGGAUGCCAUCAAUAAACAAUUACUCGAUUAAAUUAUUGAUGGCACUAAAUUAGAGAAGAAUAAAAAGAUUUAUAAAGAAAGAAAGAGAAUAAUGCUUCUCAAACAUUUCAAAAAUGAACCUUUUAAAUCAAUUGAAAGUUAACAUUAUUAGUUAUAAACAUCUGCUUUCUCUGCAUAAAAAAGAUUAUAAAUUAAUACCAAUGAUGAAUUUAUUCAUGAAUAAAGCAUUGCUAUUUAAGAAUCUGAAUGUUCACAUGAUAAUCUUUCUCUUUCAAAUUAAAAAUAACUUUUAGUUAAUUAAAAAUCAUUUUAGGAUAGCUGUGAAAUAGACUAUAAUAGAUAAUCUGCUUAAAGAAAUCAAAAAAAAUAAUACACUACCAUCAAUAAUAAAAAUUAUAUCAUAGGUCUAAGAUCCUAGCAUGCAACCUCUUCAUAGGCUGUAAUCAAAAACAAUUUGGUUCAAAAAAUUUGUAGCCCUCCUAUUCCUGAAUUUGAUCAAAGAUAAACGAAGGAAGGUUGUGAACCACCUUUAUCUUAGAAAAGUCGAGAAGAUUUUAAUUAAUACAAUGAUAGAUCUUAAGCUGAGAUUUAGUUGGCUCAAGAGUACUUUCCAGAAUUUUAAUUGGCCAAUUUGAAAGAUUACCAAAACUACUAACCAAAAGAGGGUCCGAUCAUUAAAUUUAACUCUGAACUGAAUAUGCAACCUUAUUUCACAGCUACAAUCAUCCAAUCAUAAGUACAAGACUAUAUUUACGAAUAUCCAGAUAAUUAUUUUGCACUUAAUUUAAUUAUUAAGCAAAAAAACACUUUAGUUAUAGGACAAGUAAUAAUAGAAGAGUCUAAAAGCUUUCUAAUUAUUAAUUAUAAAGACGGAAGUAGUACCAAGUAGAAAAUUAAUAUUGAUUUUGGGAUGAAAUUGCCUAACAGAUAAAAGAAACUUGAAAUCAUCAAUUCAAUACUAAUGCAAAAUGAAAUUUUAUCAAAAUAAUCCUUAAUAUAAGAAUUGCUUAGUUAUGAUUUCAGACAUACAAUGAUCUUGUUGGAUAGAUAUGUAAAAAGAAUCAAUCACUAUGAUAAUUACAUACAAAAUGAGCUACAUUAACAAUUAAAUGCUGGCCAACUACUUCCUUUGACUAAUUCAUAUAGACUAAUUUAUUCUGAGAGAAUGGCUUAAUUAGCAAUUUAUGAAAAUAUAAAUCAAAUUUUACCUGAUGAUAUUCUCAAGUUGUCAAUUGCAACAUCAGUCUAAAAUGAAAAUUAUGAUGAGGAUGUUUUAGAAGGGAGAUCAUUCAGAAAUUAUAGAAGUAUGUUCAAUAUAAUGAGAAAUAAAUUCUAUUUUAAAGACAAUGAUUAUUAUUUAAAAAUUGAAGUAUCAUUUAGAGAGACAAAAGUUUUUGAUACUAAGUUAUUAUAUCUAAGUGAUCAAUAAGCCCAAUAAGAUUUGAUAUUUCUGAAGAAGAGCGUGCAUGAGUUGAUUGGAUAAGAACAAAUAAAAAUAAAAAUCACAAAGUAUUAACGCAAUUAAAGAGAAAUUUAUUAUAGAGCAAUCUAUGAACCCCAAGAUAUGGAAAAGAUAUUGCACAUCUUUAAUAACAAAAAGUUGAUAGGUUAUCAAAUUAGGUCACAAUCUAUAAUCUAACACAGAUUAAUCGGAAAAGCUUUGCAAUUUAAAAGAUAAUAUAUAAGUAUUGAAGAAAGAAAUAGAGAUAAGUAUAGCGUUUUAGAUCAGUUUUUGUUAAUGUAUAUCAUUGAUCCUUAAUAAUUCAUAUGCAGUGAAAAUCAAAGACUAUUGAAAUAAACUAUCAUUUUUUAUUACUUCAAAUAACAAUUGAAAUUAACUUUGAUAUCUUCAAGUCGUUUGAGACAUUUUAUGAGCACAUAUUUCCAUAGGAAAACUUUCAAUUUUCAAAGUAGAGUAAGUAAUAUUGGAAAGGUGUUUGUUGAAUGUGAAGUCUACUAAUUCAAUAAAUUUUAUCUUGAUCUAGAAGAUGGAGUGCAUACCUACUUUUACCUUUAGAUUACACCUCAGGAAAGUAGAACCAAAAUAUUCAAACUUGUAUUGGAUCUUGCUGACAUCAUAAGUAUCUGUCCUUAAGUUGAUCUAGAUUCUGGUUUUAAUGAUAAAGUCUUACACGAGAUUCUCAACAUUUUGACAGCAUAUUUAAUCUGUUACAGAACCAACACUUAUAAUGGAAUUAAAAUACCAUUAUCAUCUAUCAUCAGUUAAUCCAAAUAUGAUCUUUAUAAUACAUUUAGUGAUGUAACCAAUGGAAGUAAUAUCUUUGAAGAACAAUAAAAAGCAAGAUCAACUUAGCCUAAAUUAUCCAUGCUAUUGAAAGAAAGUGUGAAUCUUUAGAAAUCAUCAACACUAAUGAUGGGUGUUUAAAUUGAAAAUUUAUAAUUACCAGAUGAAGCCAGUGGAAUUCUAAAGAAUACUUCAAUGUUGACACCAGUAUUUAGAGGGCAAAAGUUUAUAUAUAAAACUACAAAAGUUAUAUAUUCUAUGUACGUCAUCAUCACUGUCUCAUACUUGUCUCUAAACAAAUUUUAGAUUGGAUUAUACAUUCCAUAAACCUGUAGGAAUUUCAGCUGUUAUAUUUAAUAGAGUGACUUUCAAUAAAUGAAUCCAGAUUUUCUAGAAUCUAUUUUUCCUUCUUGUCUAGUUAUGAAAGAAACUAUCGAUUAAUUUUAUGUAAAUAGAUGGAAAUUCUCUGAAAUAACUAAAAUAUAUAAGUUGGCUAUCAAUCAUCCAGAUGAAUUUGAAGAUUUUUAUAGUGAAAUGAAAAGUUAAAUUAAACUAAUCCCAUAAUAAGAAUUAUAUAAGUAAACUUAAGGCAAAUAAUAAUCAAUUGAUUUAUCCAAUUUAAAUGAAUUGCUAGGAAAAUAGAAUGAUGAGUCAAAUAAAUUAAUUGAAUCUUUCAGCGAUUAAAGCCGAUAAAAUGCAAGAUCCUCUACCCAGCCUCCUAUUUUAUUGAAAAAAUAGAUUUCCAAACAAUAUAGCAUAUAACAUUCUUAUGGGAGUUAAAACAAAAUGCUAUUGAUUUUGCCUAACUAAAGAAGUACACAACAUAUUGAUAAAAGCCUUUUUUUUAAACAAAGCCCACAAGUCUCCAAUUAAGAGUGCAGGGAAAAUUACUAUCAAAGCAAUAAAGAUCUAUUUUUCAAUCAAUUGCUGGUAAGGAAGAAUAACCUUGACAUGAUUUCUUCAUUUGAAAUUAAGAUUUGGGAAACUCUUAUAGAUAAAAUAACUAUUACUAAAAAUUCACAAAAUCAUUUCAUUUUUAAUCUUGAUUCUUUUUAAGGGGUUUUAAGAGAAAAUCUAUAUACCAAAGUAGUUUAUUUGGGUAAUGAAGUCAAUGCACUUUUUGAAGUAUUUGUUGAAAAUGUGCGUAAACCAUUGGAUAUGUUUAAGGUUUGUGUUCCCAUCAGGUUAAAUGAGAGCUAGAACUUUUAACUUUAUCAAAGAAUUACUUUAUUUGAAGAUCCAAAGGUAGUUAAUUUUAAAUUAAUGCUGCGCAAGGUUCUGCAUAGUUAUUAUUAUGAUGAGAGACGGAAUCUAUAAAAUCAUAAGAUAAGGGAUUUCUAAGUAGAUUCGUACGAAUUCAUAUAAUCGGAUAUUUAAAAGUGUUCAGUUUACAUGUUGAAUAAGCUGAAAAAGUAAUUGAAAUCGAAUCCAAGCACAUUUAUUGUUUAAGAUGUAUUAGGGGAUGAGAAAUGUCCUUAAUUAAUUAAAGUUAACGCCAAUUAUAAGUAAUUUACUGAAUUUAAAGUAUUUCUUAAUUAAUAUAGUAGUAAUAUCAGUAUGUGUUAUUGAAGAGAUUGAUUUUUACAAUGAGACCAACCCAAAUCUAUGUUUCAAUUUUUUACUAAGAAAAUAGAAAAAAGUUUCAUUUGUAUUUUUCAAGUAUGAAAAAUUGUAAGAAUGUCACAAUAAAAUACUCUCUAAAGGAAAUUUAGUAAUGCAUUCCGAGUGCAAUCAGUUUAUUAAAUUUGGGGUUGCAUUAGGAAUUAGGGAAUAGAAUAUAUAAGGGUUUCAAAAAUAGACUAUUAGUUUCUACUUAUUAAUAAUUGCUAUGA